AGUGUGUACCGUUUCUCUCACCUUAACCUGUCAUGUUCACAGAGAAUCACAUUUGCAUUGAUUAGUUCUCGGGGUCAAAGCUGCGUAUGGGAUAUAUCAGAGAGAAUUAAGGAGCAUGAAUCUUGUUUUGCACAUUAAGGAAAUUGCAUUAUUGGACACCAUCAUUAUAAAACAGAUGUAAAGGCAUUUCCGGUUUGGGGACGAUGCCUUUUCCGCCCUGAUGCCCUUGUAGCUAUGGAAACGUCCACCAGCCUGUUCACCCUUUCAGACCAGGCACUACGUGUGAUGUAGCUAGCUAGAUGGUUUAUGUGUGCCAGAAUUACCGAUAAAUCAGACGUUUCAAGAUGGCGUUACAACGACUGAUGUCUUUUUUCAUCCUUUACUCGAUUCUUGGCUACAUUCCAUCACUUGGGGUAAUCCUCCGAACCACAGACAAGACUGUGUGGGCAAAUGAAUUUGAACCUAUUGAGUUGACCUGCUUGAUAGAGUCCAUCUCAACAAACAACCCCAGAAUCGAAUGGAAGAAAAUCCAAAACGGCGUCCCUAGUUAUGUGUACUUUCAAAAUCAAAUUUCGGGGGACUUGGAGCACAGAGCCCAGCUGAUCCAGCCGGCUAACCUACUGAUCCUCAACACCAGCCGUGCAGACACUGCAGAGUACCGCUGUGAGGUCGCUGCCAUUGAUGACCACAAACACUUUGAUGAAAUUCUAAUCAGUCUUGCUGUCAGGGUAAAGCCUGUGGUGCCCAGGUGCAGUGUGCCUGUGGCGGUGACUGUUGGCACGUCCUCUGAGCUGCGCUGCCUGGAGAACGAGGGCUUCCCUGCCUCACAGUACCGCUGGUUCCGUAACAACGAGGAGCUUCCCCAGGACCCAAAGAGCAGCCCCAAGUUCAUCAACUCCACCUACUCCAUUAACGCUGACACGGGUGGUCUGAAAUUCCGCCGGAUGAGAAAGGAGGAUGCGGGGGAGUAUUACUGCCAGGCAAAGAAUGUAGCUGGACAUGCACAGUGUCCCACACAGCUGAUGGACGUCUAUGAUGUCGACAUUGUGGGGAUUUUCCUGAAGGUGUUGGCGGCAUUGGCUGGAUUCAUUGUUGUGAUGGUGGGGGUUUGUCAUGCACACAAACAUCACUGCUUCUCCUCCGGCAAGGAUCACACAGGAACCAACUACAAACUUCCAGCGCAGGAUGAUGGCGUUGACUAUGCCGUAGCAGAUGAGGGUCACUUCCGUCACAAAUCAUCAUUUAUCAUUUGACAUCUGAGAUAGAGGAGACACACUGAAGAGGAAGCAGAGACACACUGAAGGGGAAGAGGAGACACACUGAAGAGGAGACACACUGAAGAGGAGACACACUGAAGAGGAGACCCACUGAAGUCAAAAGCGUGCCAAAUCCCAUAAUGGGGCUUCGUGUGAGAAAUUUGAGCUGUAACAUUGCACAUGAACCUACAAGCUUGCCAAAGUUAUCAUAAUGAAAAAGAUCAAUCAUUAUUUCAAAAUUUCUGAUAGGCAAUUGCAACGUCAUGUCCCUGUUAGUACACUGUUUACUUUUUUUUGUAGCACAAAUAUGUUUUGUCCUCAGUCAUUACUGUAACUACAAUUACAGUACGAUUUUUUUUUAAAGCUGUGACUUUUGAACUUCCACCAGCAUGUUCAUCUUAACUGAUGCUGGAACAUUCCCCCAUACUGUUUUUAGACAAACAAGGUUUUUUACUUCCUAAAAUUUCUACAAAGUACAACAAACCUGUUUUAAAAAAACAGUAUUUCAUAACCUCUGAAUGCAAGCUGGACUAGUUUAUGUUAAUAUGAAGGUAGGUUGUGUCAAUAGUUUUAUAUAUACACUACCGUUCAAAAGUUUGGAGUCACAGAAAUGUCCUUGUUUUUGAAAGAAAUGCAAUUUUUU